AUGUAUCACUUGGCCAAGUCGCUGUAUACGUACGCGACCAGUAAAGAAGAGUACUCCGUCUUGCUGCUCGGGCUGGACAAUGCCGGCAAGACCACUCUGCUUUCCCAGAUCAAGGCGCUCUAUCAGCCGCGACCAGAAGGGGCCCCCACGCCGAACCCCGGCAAGACCGUCCCCACCGUCGGCCAGAAUGUCUCAACCAUUUCCUUAUCCGAUAUGAACCUCAAGAUUUGGGACGUCGGUGGUCAGAUCUCCAUGCGUGGCCUCUGGCAGAGCUACUAUACUAGCUGCCAUGCAAUCAUCUUCGUUGUCGAUAGCGCCGAUGUUGGACAAGACCCGGAUAUCACCCGCCUCCCCUCCGCGCCUGGCCGACGGCCUAGCUCAAUUUCGGGCUCGUCGCGCGCCAAUACAAGCGAACACUUCUCCGAACAAAACGUGGGCAUCAACGCUGCAGGAAGUGAUUUUGGCCGUCUAGAUGAAUGCCGCCAGGUUCUCGAAUCGGUCCUACAAAGUGCAGAUGUGGCCGGAGUUCCCAUCCUGGUGCUGGCCAACAAACAAGACCGCGAAGACUGCGUUGAGGUCGUUCGCAUUAAGGAGGGCUUUGUACGAAAGGUGUUUGAGGGAGAGACCGGGGGCGGUGUUCGAGACAGUCGCGUGCUGCCGGUCAGCGCGUUAAUGGGGUCAGGUGUACAAGCGGCCGUGGAAUGGGUGCAGAGCCGUGUGAAAUGGAACAAGGAGGGCCGACCACCCGUCAUGCGGUAA